AUGCCUGGUGCGUUGAGUAAGGUUGGUGGAAUGGCCAGCGGGUUGUUGGCGGCAUCUCGCCAGGGAACUUUGGCAGCGAACCAAAUUAGGACUGUCGUUCACAAGAGCUUGUUGAGAUUGCCAGCAGAUCAUCCGGAACCAUGGGAUUAUAAGCGCUUUGGAUUCAAAAAUAUUGACGGUUUGAAAGACGAUACCCAAGCCCAUUUCCAUCAAAAUUCGAAGCUCAUCGUUAUCGAAGGAAACAUUGGCUCUGGAAAAUCGACACUCGCUGCUCAGCUCGCCGAUCAGUUGGGAUUCUACUAUAUGCCAGAAUUCCGAAUGGAUGACAUCCUAGUUGAUCGAUAUGGAAACGAUUUAAGAAACUAUUACCAUUUGUUCCCGAAGAGCUAUAGAAUUCCGGACAUGGAAAUGUUCUACAAGAAUCCAACUGACGAUCUUUCUGCUGUCAUGCAGGAUCGAAUUUUUAAAUGCAGAUUCGAUCAGUAUUUGAACGCUCUUGCUCAUAUUAUGAAUACUGGACAAGGAGUUGUUCUUGAACGAACACCACAUUCCGAUUUUGUAUUCGCCAACGCAAUGAGAGACAAGAACUUUAUUGGUCCAGAAUACUUCAAGCAUUAUUAUUACACGAGAAAACUCGCUGUUCCACAACUUCACUUCUGGCCACACUUAGUGAUUUACCUGAACACGCCAGUUAACAAAUGUUUGGAAAAUAUCAAGAGACGAGGAAAUGUUAACGAGAUUGCUGUUGUCGAUGAAGGUUAUUUGAAGACCAUCGAAGAAUCGUACAAAGACUCGCUUCGCGAGUACCGUGUCCAUUCGAAGAUUCUUGCUUAUGACUGGACGAAACCUGGAGAUACUGACGCGGUUGUUGAGGAUAUUGAACGAAUGGACCUCGAUUUCUUUGAGUGGCACAGCGGAGAUGUGAUGGAGGAAUGGAAUACCAUUGUCGAUUCUGUUGGAUGGAAUGGAUGGCGACAAUACGUUACAUCAAAGUAUGAUGCUCGCGGACUCGCAUUCGAAGGAAUUCCAACUCAUGAAGUUGGAGAAUUGUACGUGAACCCUCGUGACACUGGCCACUUCUUGCACGUGAUGCGCAAAGAAGUCCUGAAGUCGCCAUUCGGAUAUGGAUACAUCGCAAAGAACGGCGAUCAUCAAGCCGGAUUAAGCAACUGGCAGAUUGGACAUCAUCUUCCAGAACCAUGGUACGAAUAUUACUACAAGGAGGCGUACUAUGAUGAUUUGACAUCUCACGAAACAUCGUUGGAUUUCGAUUCGGAUUCAUACGAUCCAGAUUAUGUACAUCAUCAUCAUUAG